AUGCAAGGUGACUCCAGCAAGAAAAGUUCAAAAGCAGAUGUAGAAAGGCAAAGAGGGACUCCUUGGACAGAAGAGGAACAUAGGUGGGUUUUCUGUGGCUACCCAUUCCCAGAAGUUUUCAAGCGCCUCAAUGCCACAAUAAAAGGGAAUAGAAAACCAAGAGCAAAAGCAAGUGUUCUCGAUAUAACCAGCGUGGAUGUUGAAGCUGCUGGAACUUCACAAGUGCGAACUACUGUGGACAUGAUUGGGCAUGCUUGCAGAGGAUCACAAACACUGCCAACAACUAAUAAUGAGAGCAGGUUGCCCGGAGAAAGAACCAAUGCUGAGCAGAUGAUAGCAGUGGCUGGAGGAGAGUCCUCAGAUCAUAAUGUUGCACUUAUCAAUGGAAUGUUAUAG